CACACGCGCGCGCCGAACUCCCUGCCUCAUUUGCCCCCAGUUUUGCCACCUCCUACUUAGGAAAAGUGGGUGUGGGAGCGCCCGAGGGGAAGAGCGGGGGGAGAACGCCAACUUCUCAGAGCGCCCGGUGCUUGCCUAGGGGCGUGUGUGUGACGGAGUGAGUGUGUGUUUGUGCACGCUCUCUGGAGAGAAGAGGAGUGGAAAGGAGAUGAGAGAAGAGGAGAGGAAAGGGAAGGGAAGGAGAGAGGACAAGCGGAGUAGGGGGAGAGCGCUCUUAUUCUAGGAUCCAAAGAGUUGGGGGACCCUCACACAGCCUCCCGGGUGUGAGCAGCAGCAGCAGCAACAACAACAGCAGCAACAGCACAGCAGCGAGAACAGCUCGCAGCCUGGCUCCUUUUUGCCGGGUUCGCCCCCGGGCACCGGGGCGCGGCCGGUGCCUCGAGCCCCGCGCCCCUAUGCGCCGCCCCGCAGCCGCAGCCGCUGCCACCGCCGAGGAGGAGCCAUGACCCUGAGCGCGGAGAUGUCCGAUGCCUCCGGACUGGCGGAUGAGACCGACAUUGAUGUGGUGGGGGAGGGCGAGGACGAAGAGGAAGAGGAGGAGGAGGAGGAGGAAGACGACAGCGGUGGCGUUGGUGGCGGUUCGGCUCUCCGGAGGCGGCGUCGCUCCUACGCCGAAGAGGAAGACGAAGAGGAAGAGGACGACGAGGAGGACGAAGACGUUCUGCUUUCCCCGGGAACUGUGGGCUCCACCUCCAUCCCGGAACCGGGCCAAGCUGCCGGAGCUGGAGGAGGCGAGAGUAGCGGCGGCGGCAGCUGCGGCGGCGGCAGCGCAGGAGGAGGAGGAGCGGGAGGCGGCAGUGGGGCCAAGAACCCGCUAGUGAAGCCGCCCUACUCCUACAUCGCUCUCAUCACCAUGGCCAUUCUGCAGAGCCCGAAGAAGCGCCUGACGCUGAGCGAGAUCUGCGAGUUCAUCAGCGGCCGCUUCCCCUACUACCGGGAGAAGUUUCCCGCCUGGCAGAAUAGCAUCCGCCACAAUCUCUCGCUCAAUGACUGCUUCGUCAAGAUCCCCCGGGAGCCGGGGAAUCCCGGCAAGGGCAACUACUGGACCCUGGACCCGGAGUCCGCCGACAUGUUCGACAACGGCAGCUUCCUGCGCCGGAGGAAGCGCUUCAAGCGGCAGCCGCUGCUCCCGCCCGCCGCAGCCGAGACUCUGCUGCUGCGGGGCGCAGGGGCCGCAGGG